AUGGGCCAAUUACCUGCUGUUCGUGUUACUCCAACACGACCAUUUAAGUGCAGCGGAGUAGACUAUGCUGGACCUAUUCAGCUAAGGGUCUCCAAAGGAAGGGGACACCGCUCUUAUAAAGGGUAUAUAUGCCUGUUCGUGUGCAUGGCAACUAGAGCAAUACACCUGGAAGUCGUAUCCGACCUUACCAGUGAAGGUUUCUUACAGGCCUUCAAACGAUUCGUAGCUCGCAGAGGUCAUUGUCAAGAGAUAUGGAGCGACAACGGGACGAAUUUUGUGGGCGCAUCUAAGGAACUUGCCCAUUUGUUUCGUACGGAAAAAUGCAAUAUGGUGGCAGAAGUAGCCGAAUCAUUGGCUAACAACGGCACCACGUGGCAUUUCAUUCCAUCUCAUGCCCCAACCUUCGGAGGGUUAUGGGAAGCCGGUGUGAAAUCGGUGAAGUAUCACUUAAGACGUGUUAUUGGAAAUUCGACGCUGACCUUUGAGGAGAUGUCGACAGUCUUGGCGCAAAUCGAGGCAUGUCUAAACUCCAGGCCAUUGUCUAGAUUGUGUGACGAUAAUGAACACGGGAACAUAUUAACACCGGGACACUUUUUAAUAGGUGAACCUCCGCUAGUAGCUCCGGAUCUGAAUUUUGAAUCCUCAAAUAUUAGUUCAUUGCGUAGAUGGCAAUAUACGCAAAAAAUGGUUCAGGACUUUUGGCGAAGGUGGUCGUCUGAAUAUUUACGACGUUUUUUCCAAAGCGAUAAACGUUUCUCCCAAACGACGGAACCUAAUUUAGGCGAUGUUGUCAUCGUUAAGGAAGACCAUCUACCACCUUGUCGGUGGAUGUAUGGCAGAGUAGUCGCGAAACAUCCGGGUCCGGACAAAAUUACUCGCGUAGUCUCCAUAAAGACAAAAAAUACUGUUGUUAAGCGACCGACAAACAAAAUUUGUAUAUUACCAGUAACUAAAUAA